AAGUUCUAUGUUGUGUCAUUCUCUUUUCUUCAAGUCGGCAAACGUUUCACAAAUCACAAUGUUAAACAUCUUGCUGUUUUUCUUUUUCUUUCUUCCGUUUCUCGUCGGAAACAACCGCAUUUGCGUCGCCGCAAAUACAGGUUUUGUCUGGAGAAACGGCACGCAGUUCGUGUUGAACGGGGAACAAGUUUACUUAAACGGCUUCAAUGCUUAUUGGAUGAUGACCACCGCCGCUGACACGGCGUCUAAAGGAAGAGCCACCGUCACGACGGCUCUCCGGCAAGCAUCUGCCGUGGGAAUGAACGUCGCUAGGAUUUGGGGUUUCAACGAAGGAGAUUACAUUCCUCUUCAGAUCUCUCCUGGCUCCUAUAGUGAAGACGUUUUCAAGGGGCUAGACUUUGUCGUCUAUGAAGCUGGAAGGUUUAAAAUUAAAUUGAUAAUUAGUUUAGUCAAUAAUUACGAAGACUAUGGAGGGAGAAAAAAGUACGUGGAAUGGGCCGGUUUAGAUGAACCGGAUGAAUUCUAUACAAACUCAGCUGUCAAGCAAUUCUACAAGAACCAUGUGAAGACCGUGUUGACGAGGAAAAACACAAUCACUGGUCGAAUGUACAGAGACGACCCAACCAUCUUCUCAUGGGAACUCAUCAACGAACCUCGCUGCAAUGAUUCCACUGGUUCGAAUAUUCUACAGAAUUGGGUGAAGGAAAUGGCUAGUUAUGUUAAGUCCAUAGACUCAAACCAUCUACUGGAAAUAGGGCUUGAAGGGUUUUACGGAGAUUCUAUACCGGAAAGAACGGUUUACAAUCCCGGCGGGAGGAUCUUAACCGGUACAGAUUUCAUCUCCAAUAACCAAAUUCCCGAUAUCGAUUUCGCCACUAUCCAUAUCUACCCUGAUUCUUGGCUACCAUUACAGAGCUCAAGAACAGGAGAACAAGAUACAUUCGUGGACAGAUGGAUCGGAUCACAUAUCGAAGACUGUAACAAUAUCAUCAAGAAGCCAUUACUGAUAACAGAGUUUGGGAAAUCUUCAAAGUAUCCUGGUUUCAGCUUAGAGAAACGGAACAAGUUUUUCAAGAGAGUUUACGAUGUCAUCUACGACAGUGCAAGAACCGGUGGUUCGUGUACUGGUGGAGUUUUCUGGCAGCUUACAACCAAUAGAACUGGUCUGUUAGGUGAUGGGUACGAGGUUUUUAUGCAAGCAGGUCCUAAUACAACUGCUCGGCUUAUCGCCGAACAAUCUAGUAAACUGAGAAACCUCAAGUAUCCACCAUUGGUCACACAUAGUGCAGAAUGAAACAGUAUAGAUACAACACAGUAGAAACUAGAAUGUAUAAAAAAAGGAAAUAUGU